GUUGGUUAACACACACACAAAGUUUUGAGAGAGAUAAGACACUAGAGAAGAUCCGUGAUGAAGGUGGAGAUGAAUUUGGUCGACAAAUCCAACAAUACGGUUCAAGCUCCGUCGAACGGUGAAUCUGAGAACAUUUCAGCGUCUACUUUGUCUUCUCUUUUUGCUUCUAAAGAUCGAGAUUAUCUUCUGGCCUCCUCUACUGGAUCUGAUCAGCAGGUGAAAAUUUCUGAUCUUGAGGGCAUGGUGAUUGGGAUUUACUUCUCAGCCAACUGGUUUCCACCAUGUAGAAAUUUCAACCGAGUGUUGAUCGGUGUCUAUGAGCAGCUUAAGAGCAAUGGCUCAAAUUUCGAGAUUGUUUUCGUGUCAUCUGACGAAGACUUGGAUGCCUUCAACCGUUACCGCCAAAGCAUGCCGUGGCUUUCAAUUCCAUUCUCUGAUUUGGAGACAAAGAAGGCAUUGAAUAAAAAAUAUGAAGUUGAAAGCAUUCCUUGCUUAGUCAUUUUGCAGCCUGAAGAUACCAAGGGCGAUGCAACUUUCUAUGAUGGCGUAGAACUCGUUUAUCGAAACGGGGUCGACGCCUUCCCAUUUACCAAAGAAAAGUUGGAGGAAUUGCGAAGGGAAGAGAAGAGGAAGCAUGACAGUCAAACCGUGACCAGUUUAUUAACAAACCCGGACAGAGACUAUCUUUUGGACAAAACCAUAACUAGAAAGGUGCCAGUUGAUUCAUUGAUCGGUAAAACAAUUGGGCUUUACCUCUCAGCGCAAUGGUGCUUGCCAUGCGUCGAGUUCACUCCCAAACUGGUAUCCAUCUACCAGAAGAUCAAGCAAAUUUUGGAAGAAAAAUAUGGUGAGGGUUUUGAAAUCGUUUUCGUGUCAAACGAUCGUGAUCAUAAUUCGUUCGAAUCAUACUUCGGUACGAUGCCAUGGCUGGCGUUGCCUUUUGGAGACCCGACUGUUAGAAGCCUUGCCAAAUACUUUGAUGUGCAAUGGAUUCCUUGUUUGAUAAUAAUAGGCCCCGACGGUAAAACUGUAACCAAGCAAGGCAGAAACCUUAUAAAUCUGUACCACGAAAAUGCAUACCCUUUCACCGAUACCAAAGUGGAGUCAUUGGAGAAAGAAAUUGAGGAGGAGGCGAAGAGCUUACCAAGAAGUGAAUACCAUGCCGGCCACCGCCAUGAGCUUACUUUGGUAUCUGAAGGCAGUGGAGGAGGACCCUUUAUAUGCUGCGAUUGUGAUGAGCAGGGAUCUGGCUGGGCUUACCAGUGUCUGGAGUGUGGCUACGAGGUACACCCAAGGUGCAUUAGAGCUGUCACUCCUCGAAGCUCAAUUGAAGACAGGUGACACUCGGCUCAGCUGGCGUUUAUCCUAAUUAAACUUUGAUUAAUUUGCCAUCAUUUAUGAUGUUUAUAUACAAUAAAAAUGAUGACAUGUUAUAUUAUUAUAGCUAAAGUCAUGAACAUUAGUUUACGGUAACAGACAAAAUGUGUGCUCUAUCUAAGCAUUGUUCUCGUGUUGUU